CUCGUGAAGAACUGACAAGUAGAUUGUCCACUAUUCCAGCUAUAGAACUUCUUCAUUUACUUGCUGAUAAUACACUUCAAAGCUUGUGCUCGGUUUUCUUCCCAGAGCCACCGUCCCAAACAUUCGGUACGGCGCUGUGUACUGUAUUUGAAUCUGCACCUUCCGAACCAACUAUGGUGGCCUCCAAGACGAAAAGCAGACGCCCCCUCAAUGCCUUCAUGGCUUUCAGGAGCUACUACGUGAAAAUGUUUCCCGAUCUCCCUCAGAAGAAUGCCUCACCAUGCUUAACCAUGCUCUGGCACAACGAACCGUCUAGAAACAAAUGGGUUCUGAUCGCAAAGGUUUAUUCUAUUUUGCGCGAUGAGUUCGGGAAGCCGAAAGUGCCCCUGGCAGACUUUUUGAAAUAUGCCUGCCCAGUCAUGCACGUUGUCGAACCAGCUGCGUAUUUCAAAGUCGUCGGGAGAGCGCUUGUCAAAGACACUGAUGGAAAUUUCAAAGUUGUUCAAGUCGCACCGGAGCCAUCUCUGAAAAAGAUUCGACAACACUGCCGUUCCAGCCCGAGCACAGAGGUAGACUUGGUGCUGGAAAUGGUGCAAAACGGUUACUGCCCAGAAGAAGGGCUCUGCCUUGUCGAAAAGAUGACCAAAAACCGACAUUCCAUCAUGACAUCCUCAGUGUCCUCCAAGACUGUUUUGCCAAGUGAUUCGUGGUCAACAGCGACUAGCAUUUCCAUGGCCGACAAAGACUCUCCCGACACCAAACAUCCUCUCACUCCAGAGGUGAUGGACUCUACAACAACUGAGAUGCCCUUGGUGAUCUCUCCCCUGAUCUAUGGGAACGGAGAAGAUGCAGAGACAUCAUAUAACUUCGCGAAUAAAUUGACUAUGAGCUCACAAAAUGGGGAGCCUUUGCUUGAAAUUAACGGCUUGAGCGCACAGCAGUGCAUUGACAUUGACAAGCCAUGGCAAGUCGAUCAACUCUUGGCAUACACAGACAGUGAAAUCGACGGAGGUUUUCAAUUCAGUGAGGCCACAUUAUUUGAUGCGCAUCAAGAUUUCAAUUUCUCGUUCUAA